AUUAUUUCAGAUGGCAUAUGGGUUGUCGGAUCAUCUAUAAUUCAUUGGGCCCAGAAAUAUGCACAACAAAAUAUUGAUGACAACUUGGGACUAACAUCACAAAGAAUAAUUUGGCAGGGAAUUAGGGGCAUGGUUUGGUCUCGGUUGUACCAGACUAUCAAAGAAAUGCUAAGGCAAUGUAAUAGACAUCCAACACUUUUAGUUAUACAUUGUGGUGGCAACGAUAUUGGCAACCCUCGUAAUACACUAAAGGGCUUACAAAAGUACAUGAAGUUGACCGUGUCUAAAAUAACAAGGCUAUUGCCAAAGACAAUAAUUGUGUGGUCACAUAUCUUGCCACGUAGAAAUUGGUCGUUAUGCCUUUCGAACAAAGAUGGGGAAAAUUGGAGAACUAGAUUAAAUUCAGCUCUUGCUACAUUUGUUGUUAAGAAGGUAUGUGGGGCCUCCAUAAAAUAUCCUGAUAUUUUAAGUACACAGGGUACCCUAUUUCGAAAAGAUGGCAUACAUUUGUCUGACUUGGGAAAUGAACUAUUUGUAACUUCUUUGAAAAAUGCAUUGUUGCAAUUCAUGUCAUCCACUGACAGAUUUUAUCCACUUAUUAAACAGUAAGCUUUGUCAUGGCCAGCUGAUAAUUUGAAGUUGUGAGUUGAGUAUUGAUGCAAUUAAUUUUUGUGUGGUUGUAUGUAAAACUGAUUAUCAUUGCAACUUAAGUCAUUCUGUACUUGUAUUGUUUGCAAAAUUGACCGCCUAGAUUUGUUGGCGGAUGUACCACUGUUCGUGGUUCAUUUGGCAGAAUUUUGCAAAGAAUGCCACCUCCAUGGGGCACUGUUAUUUCCAGGUCCCUUGGGUCAAGGUGGUAUUUCUUGUGCUUGGACUCGUUUUUCGUGUAUGCUGCCAUAUCGAUUUGAUGAUCGGCGCAUAAUUUGUAUUUUGAUGAUUGUGAAUAAAUGGCCAUGACAAGCACUUCCAACAAUUAGUUAUAGUUAUUGUUUAAGAUUCCAAGGUCAUGCAAGGUUAGAAAAAGGUCAUUUGAAUAAUGCUGUCAGAAUUGGCUACUGUUUACUAUGUUAAUAAAUAAUUUUAUUAGUGUCUUAAAAUAAUAGGGUUUAUCAUCUCUGGAUAAACCAGGUUAUUUUAAGCAUAGGUGUUAUGUUAAUGUUUCAAGAUCCAUAACUCUUGUUAACUGUCAUUGUUGCAAGAUCCAUAACUCUUGUUUAAUACAACUAUAUAACUGGGCAUGCGCGGUUGCUACUUCCUUUUCCUGCUCAAUCCAAAGUUGAUAGGUGGCACAAAUUCAUCUUAGAAAAACCCUCCCACCCACCUCUUGCCAAUAUAGGUUAUUUAAUGAUGUAUUAUUAGGUGUGAAGAACAGCUUGGCAUUAAUAUAUAUUUUUCUUUACAAUUUAAAAGGUUUUCCUUUUGUCAAUUAUUGUAAGGCUGACAAUUUCAUAUGACAAGUAUGUGUAUGUUUAGAACAAAGUUUUUGGCUUUUGUUUUUAUUUCUACUUUCAGCGUCAUGGUCUCAAAGUUUCAUCAAUACCAGUUAAGACAGAAGAUUAUGCGCGUGUCUUUUACAAUACAAAUAAUGGCAGAAUUUUGCAAAGAAUGCCACCUCCAUGGGGCACUGUUAUUUCCAGGUCCCUUGGGUCAAGGUGGUAUUUCUUGUGCUUGGACUCGUUUUUCGUGUAUGCUGCCAUAUCGAUUUGAUGAUCGGCGCAUAAUUUGUAUUUUGAUGAUUGUGAAUAAAUGGCCAUGACAAGCACUUCCAACAAUUAGUUAUAGUUAUUGUUUAAGAUUCCAAGGUCAUGCAAGGUUAGAAAAAGGUCAUUUGAAUAAUGCUGUCAGAA